CCGAGGAGGGCGGGAGAGCUGCGACAGCGGGGCCGAGGAGCCAUGCCCACGUCCAGACUCUUCACCCUCGUCCUGGUGGUGCAGCCGUCCCGCGUCCUGCUGGGCAUGAAGAAGCGCGGGUUCGGCGCCGGGCUGUGGAACGGCUUCGGGGGCAAGGUGCAGCCCGGGGAGAGCAUCGAGGAGGCUGCCCGCAGGGAGCUUCUGGAGGAGAGUGGACUGACUGUGGAUACCUUGCAGAAGAUGGGUCAGAUCACUUUUGAAUUUGUAGGCAACUCUGAACUCAUGGAUGUUCACAUUUUCCGGGCAGAUCACUUUCAUGGAGAGCCAACAGAAAGUGAGGAAAUGCGGCCCCAGUGGUUUCAGCUGGAUGAAGUGCCCUUCCAUCGCAUGUGGCCAGAUGACAGCUAUUGGUUUCCCCUGGUGCUUCAGAGAAAGUUGUUUCGUGGCUAUUUUAAGUUCCAGGGACAAGACACCAUCCUGGAGCACAGCCUGAAAGAAGUGGAGGAAGUUUAAGAAAGAAGCAUUCAGCCCAUGUGCUACUGCCCACAUUGGGCUACAGCAUCCUGAGUACAACUAAUGAGAGGUCUCCUUGCUCAGCUCUCCAAAAAACAAGAGUUAUUUUCCAGGUCACUGCAAAGUAAGGAAAAUAAGGGGGUUUCUUAGAGCAGAAAUAAAAGUAACAAGAUUUUCUAUGCUGUAAAGUCCCUGGCUGUGGUAGACUUCAGUGGUUAUGUGAUCACAGCUAUUAAAAACAUAACUGUUAACCUGUUUUAGUGGCUUAAGCUCUUC